GUACAUAGCCUUCCAACGGCUAUCUUGCACUUAUGACUUCUUCGUAGCACCCAGCCACCCAGCCACUCACGAGUCACAUUGAUUCGGGCGCCAUGGAUGAACAGGACGAGAGGGAAGAAGAGCUGUCGACCAUCUCGGCAAUCUACCCCGAACUGCGCGUCGACCCGAAGCAGCCCUUCGUCGCCUCGUUAGAUCUCCCCGUCAACCCCUCGAGUCCGCUCGCUUUGCGCUUUCCCUCGGCGCCACCGCCAUCGCCGCCAGACUCGGACAACGGCCAUUUCGACCAUUCACCCCUCACCCACCUCGACGAUGAGGUACACUACGUCGAAUACCUUCCGCCUCUCCAACUCAACCUCUUCCUUCCCGAAGGCUACCCUACCGACCAUGCGCCAAUCGUUUCUUUGUCUACCACGCCACAAUGGCUUCCUGCCGACAAGUUGAAAGAGUUGGAGGCAGAAUGUGAAAGGCUCUGGGAUGAUUACGGUCGCUGCCAGAUCCUGUUCUCGUACAUCGACUUCCUACAGCAACAAGCGGAGCAAGCCUUUGACUUGGAAGCAACCGGCCUCGACUUGUCCCAUGCCCUCAAACCCGCCUUGCUCGAUUACGAUGCUCUCACCAAGAAGGCCACAUUCGAUGCUGGCACCUUUGACUGCGGCAUCUGCCUCGAGCCCAAGAAGGGCUCGUCCUGCUACCGCAUGCGUCGCUGUCGUCAUGUCUUCUGUCAAGCCUGCUUGCGAGACUUCUAUAACAAUUGUAUCGCUGAGGGUGAUGUUGGCAGAGUACAAUGCCUAGAUCCUACAUGUGGCAAAGUCGCCAAUAAAAAGAGAAGAAAGGAAAAGACACUACACCCGAAAGAGCUGUUGGAAAUGGGUAUCGAAGAGGACGUGGUCCGUCGCUAUGUCGACAUGAAGCGCAAGAAGAAGCUGGAAGCCGACAAGACUACCGUCUACUGCCCGCGUUCCUGGUGUCAGAGCCCGGCUCGCAGCACAAAAUACCCACCCAUCCCACAGGACCUCGCCUUGUACCCCGAGUCAUCAAGCGAAGAUGAGGACGAUGCCGAGGCGGAGAAGAAGGGCCACUCUCCUUCGGACCGACUGGCUAUUUGUAGUAACAGCAAAUGUAGCCUCGCCUUCUGUAAAACUUGCUAUGCAGGUUGGCACGGCGAGUUUGCUCGUUGCUGGCCUCGCAACCCCUUGGAGCUAUCUGACGAAGAGAAGGCUAGUUACGACUACAUUCGCUCGCAUACUUCACCAUGUCCCACCUGCAGCAGUCCUACCCAGAAGACCAUGGGCUGCAAUCACAUGCGCUGUUUCCAGUGCGCCUCACACUUCUGCUAUUUGUGCGGCGCCUGGUUGGACGCCGACAACCCUUACCAGCACUUCAACAAGGCAGGCACAGACUGUUAUCAGAAGCUAUGGGAGCUUGAAGAGGGCGAUGAGGGUCAAGAGGCCGCUUUUGCUGGUGCAAGGCGUUGGGAGCAAGAGGCUCUGGCAGUGGCCGAGGCCGCAGACAGAGAGGAGGCAGAGGCUCUGCAGAGACAAGAAGACGAGGCUGCCGCACGAGAGCUCGCAGAGAGACUUGAUGCACAUGAUGCUCCAGCCGCCGUGCAGCCUGCUCCAGUCGAAGAUGUACAACAGCCAGCACGCCGUGGUGAUGGAAGGCGUGCGAGAGGUGGCAGAGUUGCUGCAUUGGACGGCAGGAGAGCAGCACCCGUAGCUCGACAGCAACAAGUCCCCAACCAGCAGCAGGUCGACGCAGCAGCCGCAGCAGCAUUCAGACGAUUUGUCGAGUUGGCUGUGCGUGACGAGGAAGACGGAUGGGACUCUGACGAGUUGGAAGACGAUCAAGAUGAACGAUGGGUGAUCCCCAUCAGACAAUGAUACUACUUGGGCAAAACAAUGGAGAGCAUUGCAUGGUUGGCGUUAGUCUCUUCGAUCGGUCGAAUUUUGUAUAUACAUAUGGAGCGGGGAGGCGUACAUACCCACAGUCCUGCUAUUCUACUUUCUUUCCAUUCUACCGACUCCCUUGCGUUAUGCUGUAUAUC